CAGCCCCCGCCAUCACUUCCUGGUCUGUAUCGGAGAGCGCACAUCAGGUGAGCGGCUACAUUCAGGUAAGCUAACGGUGGAGUCUUCGGUCCUUCCUCGAGCCCGCGGUGUGGAUUGUUCUGCUUCAGAUACACGCACGCGCUGGAUUGGACAAUGUCCCCCGCUGCCGCCUUCCACGCGCAGCUCGCCUCCAUCAUGGAGGUGCUGGCCAACACGGCCGUGGCGGAGAUCUGCGAGCUCGUGGACAGCGGCUACUCGGUGCUGCAGCUGGAGAUCUCGCGGAGCCGCAAAGAAAACGAGGUGCUGCGGAGGAAACUGCGCCUCAUGGAGCUGCGGGCCGCCCGAGCGACCGCACUGCGAGCCGCGGUUACCGCCAGCGGCAGCGCGGUGCUCCACGCGAGCGGCCGCGCACGAGCCGAACUGAAGAGGAACGCGACCGCGACAGGUGAGGUAGUCUUGUCCAGAGUGUCCAAUCAGGCGAUGCCUCAGUGCAGAGACCACAACUCACCUGCAGAGCCGAGACAGGAAACCACACAGAGUACGCAGCCUGCAGAUGACAUAGCUACCACAGCUGCUGUGAUCAAAGUGGAGGACGAUGACUGCGUAUCCUGGUCCCAGUCUGAGCCGGACAAAAGUUUCUGUCAUAAUGAAGAGAGACAGGUGGAGGCAGAAGCUGCAAUCAAACAGGAAGCAGCAAACGAUGGUGGCAUCUUGUGGACGAGCGGGGAAGUCAGCUCUACCUCCACCUCUGUCCAGAACACCCAGAGGUCAGAAACCAGCAGUUACGACUGUUUGAUAUUUGAGCCGCAGCUUCAGCAUGGCUCCCACACCACCCAAAAUCCUCUGGGAGCGGAGGCCGGCUGCUCAUCAGCGUCCAAUUCAGGUGGCAGCUUCACGUUCCCGCACAGCAAGGUGAGUCUGUCUGCAGCAGAGCGACCUGCAGGUUUCCAGAGCAGCCAGCAGAGGGCGGUGCCUGGAGACGAGCUUCCUAUUAGGAAGGAGACGCCAGGAGAACAUCGCUCCUUCAUCCGGAGGGGCGGGUGGAGACAGGAUGCCAUCAGCAGAGCGGCAAGCCACAGAGGCGAGGAUGGCAGGGGAAAGUCAUUCGUCUGUAACUGCUGCGGGAAAAAGCUCGCCUGCCUCAAGAACCUCAAAACCCACAUGAGGGUCCACACCGGCGAGAAACCGUUCGUCUGUGCGCUCUGCGGUAAACGCUUCUCUGACUCCAGCAACCUCAAACGCCACCAGAGCGUCCACACGGGCGAGAAACGCUACGGCUGCGUCCACUGUGGCAAACGUUUUGCCCAGUCGGGAUCGCUGAAGGUCCACAUGACCGUCCACACAGACUGCAAACAGUUCAGGUGUUCGUACUGCAACAAGACAUUCAUAUCAGGCAGCCACCUGCGGCGCCACAUCACUCUCCAUGCAGGAGAGAAACGGUUUGGCGCCGUGCAGUGACAGCUGGGAGGAGCGGCAUUGCAGAUAUCUGCGGUGAGGUAGUCUCAGAAACACGUGACCUACUGUAAAAAUGUGUAUCAUGUAUGUUUGAACACAAAACAGAUGUUCUUGGAUCACCUGCGUACGUUUUUACGUGUUUCAUUGGAACAUACGGCAGCAGACAGUUUGGCCGCCGGGGAUCGGCUCGAUUUCAAGCCACUGCUUCCACUUUUAAUCAGACUUCUGAGUCGCUCUUAGUCUGGUCUUCUUCCCAGGUGAGGAGACACCUGGACAGAUUAGGUGUUGAUUAAUAUUAAUAAUAACUUUAUAUAGCACUCUUCACCAGAUAAGAACCAUGUACAUAAAACAACACAAUUGAUCAUACAGCACAAAUCUAGUUAAAAGCCAGUCUAAAUAAAUGAGUCUUUAGCUGCUGUUUAAAAGAAUAAAUACAAACAAGGCAACGUAAAGAUGGAGGCAGAGCGUUCCACAUCCUGGGGGCCACCGCUCUGAGAUCUGACUCCCGUGGUCUUAAAAUGUGUUCGUAGGACUACCAACAUCCUUUGAUUAGAUGAUCUCAGGCUGCGAGAGGGAGCGUGGGGUUCUAAAAGACCAGAGAUGUAGGCAGGAGCAUCACAACGUUAGAAGUCAGCACUACGAGUUUGAAAUGUACUGGAAGCCAGUAUACUGAGAAUUAAACUGGUGUAAUGUGCUCUCUUUUUUGUGUCUUUGUUAAGAGCCUUGCAGCAGCAGGUUGGCUGGGGACAUCCUCAGUGUCCCCCCCCUUUUGACCCAGGUAACAGAAGGAAGGCAGGAAAGGGCUUUGUGUCCAUCAGGUAUUUGUCUUGGGCAUCAAGGUUGUCAUGUUUAAUUAAAACUCAGCUUCAGUUAACCAAAAUAAAAAGUCAAACAGUGUUCAUGCUUACUAACCUAAAAUGUAAUCGUACUUUCCGUAGUUUCAGUCUUUGUAAAGUUGCUGAACCCAAAUAAAGCCCGAGGAGCUGUUGCACUUUGCCAGUAAAAAAAAAACCAAAACAGUAAAAACUAAGCAAAUUCACAAAAUCCAAAGCUAACAGUUCUGUUUGGAUAAAGUGGAUGGAUACUGAAGUUUGGUCACGUCUGCAGAGAAAGAACUACUCAAAAGAUCCUGAACUGAACUCUAUGAAAAAAAUGUAACAGCCAAGAGGAAAUGAAACUUCCAUGAGGCGACAAAGACUUUUGAAGUGUAGGGGAAACGUUUUUAGUGGAUGGUGGUGUUUGAUUUAAACUCAAAACAGUUUUAACAAGUGAAUCCAAAGUGGGCGCCACAGCCUCCUGCCUGGGCUGGGAACUCGUUUAAACGAAAUAAAUACAUUUUUGAAGCAAUUUUAUCUUAAAAUUUCCAUUAAAUAUUUACAUUAAAGAAGAAAAAAUCCAUCCAUCCCACUGUCUCAUUUGAGUUGGGUCAAAGUGGUAGCAAGCUAAGGAGGGCACCUGAGACUUUUCUAGACUUCUGUUUCUCCAGCAAUGGUUUCCAGCUCUUCCUGAGACGCUCCCAGGAUAUAUAUCAAGUGAGUUUCUGAUUUCCUCUGGAUCUAUCGUCACCCAUAUGUGAUUGGAAAACCUCCAAGGGGAGGUGCCGAGGAGGCAUGCUGAUUGUGUCCUGAACCUCCUCAGAUGUAGGAACAGUAGAUCUAGGUGGAGCUCCUCACCUCCAUCUCUAAACUGCCGCCCAUGUGGGCCGAUGUGACGACCAGAGGUCGCCGACUGUUGAGUGAAAUUUAGAUACAACGGCCAAGUAAACAAUAGUCUUUCCCUGAACUUGUGAGCGAUUAAAGAGACUACAAAUGAGAGUGAAGGUGGCAGUGAUGCCUCACAGCCUGAGAUCCUGAGAUCAGCUCCAACACCUGACCUUUCUGCGUGGCUUCCCCCAACAAUCCAAAGAUGUUCAAUUAUUGGGGAAUCUAAAUAGCCCGUAGCUGUGAAUGUCAAUGGUUCUCUGUGUCUCUGUGUUAGCAAUGUGUUAGGUUGGUGACCUUUCUGUGGUAGCUGGGAUAGGCUCCACCCUCUGAUAAAGAUAAGUGGAAGAGAACUUGUACUUCCUGAUUCAAAUUUCACUGGUCAUGGUGUCACCAGGCAGGGACUGAAAAUAAUCCUUUUCAAGUCUUGCGGUUUUUCAGUAGCAGGUGUUUUAUACAACGUUCAUGUCUGAAACUAGCCUGUGGUUGUGUGAAGGUAACAAAUGUUUAUGACUGUACAUCGAGUUUCAUUGUGACUGACGUGUAACUGAAGAAACGCUGAACAAACUUCCUUUUUCUUUUUAUAUCAUUUUUAAUAAA